AUGAAGUACGAAUUCAUAUAUUGCUUAAUUGCAAUACUAUCGAUAGCUAUUGCUGCUGAUGAGGACAGCAUCACAACUGCGCCGACUACAAUUGUUGACAAUCCUUAUGCUACAUACCCAAGUGUUCCUAAGACCGCAUCCAUCAAUGGAUUUGCAGACAGAAUCUAUGAUCUUUUGCCAGAAUGUGCCAAACCAUGUAUGUUCCAAAACACAGGUGUUACUCCAUGUCCGUACUGGGAUACUGGAUGUCUCUGUAUCAUGCCAAUGUUCCAAGACAAGAUAGGAACGUGUAUUGCCGAGAACUGUCGUGGAGAAGAUGUGUUAGAUGCUAGGUCGUUGGCUACAUCUGUCUGUUCCAUUGCUGGAGUGUGGGAUCCAUAUUGGAUGCCACCGGCAAGUGUCACGUCGAUGCUUGAGUUUGCUGCUACUGCUGCACCGAUCAGCUCGACGGUGGAAUCAAGUAUUGAGGAGACCACUAUUGAGGAAUCAAGUGUUGAGGAGUCAAUUACUGAGGAAUCCACUGCUGAGGAAUCAACUAUUGUGGAGCCAACUGCUGAGGAGUCAACUGCUGAGGAAUCCACUGCUGAGGAAUCCACUGCUGAGGAAUCAACUAUUGUGGAACCAACUGCUGAGGAAUCAAGUGUUGUGGAACCAAGUGUUGUGGAAUCAAGUGUUGUGGAAUCAACUGUUGUGGAGCCAACUGCUGAGGAAUCCACUGCUGAGGAAUCAACUGUUGUGGAACCAACUGCUGAGGAAUCAAUCACUGAGGAAUCUACUGCUGAGGAGUCAACUACUGAGGAAUCCACUGCUGAGGAAUCAACUGUUAUGGAACCUUCUGCUGAGCCAUCUGUUGAAUCUUCUGCUGAACCAUCUGCUAGUCACGGAACCACCGACUCUGUUUUUGCGUCAUCCGUUGAAUCCACUCUACCAACUGAGUCGGUCACCCCAGGAGAAUCAUUUGUUAUUUCGGCUUUGUUUAAUGGUGAGGUCACCACCUUCGAAUCCAAUGGCACUCAUAUCAAAUUGUACGAUGGUUCCGAAGUGCAAUUCAGAAUUGUUGAUGGUUUACUUCAAGUUGGGGAAUCAGGAUAUGUCCAUGUUGGCACUGUUGGAGAAUUGAUCGUUGGUGAUGUUGAUGGCGCAACAAGUGGAUGGGGACUUGAAAAUAACAGAGUAACAUUGACUUUGUUGUCGGCAACUAAAGUCACGUUCUCUGAUAAUGAGGUGCAAUUCUACGCUUGCCCAGCUGAAGUUGGAUACGACGUUUGUGUUGCUGAUGGUGAAGGAUGUGUUCCUAUUGGUGCCGUCGCUGGACCAUUGAGUGCACCAGAGUCAUCUACUAUUGAUGAAGCAAGUGUUACCCCAUCUGCAUCUGAAAGUGGUGAUGCAACCGGUUCCUCUGGUGUCACCGAAACUGGUGCAUCUCAAUCAUCGGACGUCUCUGAACCAAGUGUAUCUCACUCAUCGGAUGUUUCCCAUGAGUCAUAUCCGUCAACGUCAACUGUCACUUCCGAGAUUACAACUACUGAUGAAGAAGGUGUCGCUUCCACGUUAACCACAACCAUUGUCGUUACCAAGGUCAGUGAAUACUGUGCUCAAGAGUCUGCUAGUUCUGUUCAAAGCGAGGCACACUCUGCACAAACAAGUGCUGCUGCUGUUCAAUCCACAUGUAUUGAAAAACAACAGAGUAUUGUGACUGUUAUUGUUUCGUGUGAAUCUGCUAUUUCAUCUUUGCACUCAGUCAAAUCAAGUGCACAGCAAGUUACUAAGACUGAGAUUGUUUACAGUUGUGAGAGUCAAAUCAGCUCCCUUAGUUCAGUUGAGCAACAAGCUCACAAGACUUUGGAAGCAGUUGUGUCUGAGUAUGACUCUGCUGUGUCGGUACAGAAGUCAGCUGCAGAACAACAAAAGUCAGCUGCUCAAGUGCAAUUGAGCGAAGCUGAGUUGCAACAUUCAUCUGAAGCUGUGGCUCACGCUCAAUCCGCUGCUGCUGAAGCCUACACCGCUGCUGUUGAAGCGUCUCAAGCUGCUUCUAUAGCAUCUGCUGCUAAAGAAACUGUUGCUGCUGUUGCAAGAACUGCACCUGGUGCGGAAGAAACUGGUGAGACUGCUCCGCAAGGUGAAGGUGCAGGUGAGACUGCUCCGCAAGGUGAAGGUGCAGGUGAGACUGCUCUGCAAAGUGAAGGUGCAGGUGAGACUGCUCUGCAAAGUGAAGGUGCAGGUGAGGCUGCUCCACAAGGCGAAGGUGCAGGUGAGGCUGCUCCACAAGGCGAAGGUGCAGGUGAGGCUGCUCCACAAGGCGAAGGUGCAGGUGAGGCUGCUCCACAAGGCGAAGGUGCAGGUGAGGCUGCUCCACAAGGCGAAGGUGCAGGUGAGGCUGCUCCACAAGGCGAAGGUGCAGGUGAGGCUGCUCCACAAGGCGAAGGUGCAGGUGAGGCUGCUCCACAAGGUGAAGGUGCAGGUGAAAACCAGAUUACCCAACAAGGAGAAGGAGAAGAAUAUGUUCCACAAGAUGUGGUUCAAACACUUACAAUAUCAUCGACAAUCUAUGUAACCAGUGGUGGUGAAUCAACAACAAUUUCAUCCACAGGUGAAAUUGAUAACCCAACAAAGAGUGUUGGUAGUGCUAAUAGUAUCAUUAGUAUUGAUGAAACAACGCAAUCAGCUGAAUCCAUCAAUGCGGGGCAUAAACUUUCAUGUGGAGUUUACUUGAGUUUGAUGGUUACUACAUCUAUGUUUGUUUUAUUCCUGAUUUGA